CAUUCGAAAUCGAAAUCGCGAUCAAAAAAUAAACAAAAGAGACGUCCCUCCGAAAACUCUAACCCCAAUUCCCAAUCCCACGAGAGAGGAAGAUAGAUCGAAGGAAAAAAAUUGAUUUUUUUUUUAUCGAAUUCAUCCAUCUUUUCCUUUUCCUCUUUCGCCUUUCUCUUCUUUCUGGCCGUCAAAGCGACUGCUAAAACUCCUUGCCUUCGGCUUCACUCCACGGCCCCAUCCCCUCACCCAAAUUGAAAGCUCCACCUCCCACCUCAAAACCCUAACCCUAUCACCCUAAUAUCCUCUUAAAUCCAUGUCCUCCCGGAACCAGAACAGGCCCCCUCCCACCCCGGUCUUCGACCCCACUCCAAGCCCCUUAAAUAAGAAGGAGAAUUUAGAUGAGGCGCCUGUGGACAAGCGAAGGAAGAUUAGAGUAGGGAGGAUGGUGUGCCCGGCAACCAACCCACAUGCGCGGCAGGUGCUGUCGACUGUCAAUGCUGGUCCGAAUCCUGGUGGGCAUGGUGAUCAUGGGGCCGGCGCCGCUCCGAGCUCUGAUGGUGGGAGCAGUGGCGGUGGGGUUGAAUUCACAUCUAGGGAGGAUGUGGAGAGGCUUUUGGGUGAGAAGAUGAAGGGGAAGAACAAGAAUGAUUACAAGGGAAAGAGCGAGCAGAUGAUAGAGUACAUAAAGAAACUCAGAACUUGUAUCAGAUGGUUCAUGGAGCUUGAAGAUGGGUAUUUGGCCGAUCAGGAGAAACUCAGAAGCAUGUUGGAUUCUGAAGAGAAAAGGCAUGCAGAGAUUGAGGCUCAGAUGAGGGCCAAGGUUGAAGAAUUAAAUGCAAUUAUCCAUGACCUUCAGAAAGGAGGAAGCUGACAAAUUGAUAGUUCUUUUGAAAAUUUCCAGUUCUUUUGUUAAUUGUUUGGCAUGUUUCUGACGGCAGAUUUGAAAAAUGACAGGCUUUCUUUAAAUCUUAUGAGAUGGAAAGAGAGGCAAGGAUUGCAGUUGAAAAUUUGCGGGCAAAAUUGUCCGAAGAGCUGGAAAAGGUCAAUCAAGAGGCAAGACGUUUCAGCGAUCAGCUGAAAAUGAUCCAAGAAACUAACAAGAGGUUGCAGGAAUACAAUACUAGCUUGCAGCAGUACAAUAGCAAUCUUCAAGCUGAUGCUCUGAAAAAUGGUAAGACUAUGUCAAAGUUGCAGAAGGAGAAGAAUGCGAUGAUGGAAAUCUUUAAGCGAUCACACCAACUCUCUUAAGAUUCAAUUGGAGCCUUCUAGGGUUUCUUGAUUAUGAGGUCAGUCACAAAAUUGUUUCUAUCAUGUGCCAAUUUUUCAAUGGUCCUUGGUUGUCAUGGAGGGAGGUCUUUGCACAUGCUAAAGUUGGAAUGCUUCAUUAUGAUUGCUUUUGCCUUAGAUGAUAUGUCUUUGCAUUUUUAGGAAGAAUGAAAUCUCUAUUGAUCUCUAUGACAUACUUUUGGACUUUGAUUUUGAUGGAUUUAGGACAUGUUGAUGUCUAUUUUGAAUGAUAUGUUAAAUAACUUUUGCGUAAUAUUGAAUGCCUUUGCUAUUAAUGAUAUUAUUAUUAUUAUUAUUA